UUACAGAGGGGGUGGAGUGUAACGUGCGAUAAAGGUAGAUUGAUCGGACAAGUUGUAUUUGGUCAGUGACUGGAGUGAAAUAAGUAGCCAGCAAUAGAAGUUCAGCACUAUCAAGGCGAUAAAGUUGGCAACGUGGACUUUGUGGAAAUAGGACCUUCAAAAUAACUCACUACUGUAUGCCAGUUAACAAUACACUUUGUUGAAGAAACGGUCAAUAGAAACAUGCACAAAGUGUGCCUCGUUUUGUUUUUAUUUGCUUCCGUCUACUCUGAGUCGGUAAGGGAGACUGAGACAUGGAUGCCCAUGAAGACGACCCAAGCUAUUUCUCAUGACGAGCUCAUCUCGUCUGGAGACUCCGCCAACGGCUCAGACUUUGGCUUCCCCGAUGAGGAGCACAACACAAUUGACAACGACGACAAGACGGACGACAAUGAGGAUUAUGACGACUUCUCUGGCUCUGGCGACGGAGUACCAACUAUUACAAUCAAAAAUGACAAUACCAUGAAAUCAAAGCCUUCUAUGAACAACAAGAUUCCAGACCUGAGGCUCAAACCCACAGUGAACGAGAUUCAAUUGGUCCAGAAGAACAAUGAAGUGUCAGUAUGGGUUUCUCCCAAGCCUGAGGAGCACCCAUCGAACGUACUGAUGGCCCAGGCAGGGGAGGAGAGCAUCUUCAACAAGACUGAGGUCCUAGCAGCUCUUAUUGCUGGUGGAGCAGUGGGGCUGUUCUUUGCUGUCCUCAUCCUCCUGCUUGUCUACCACAUGAAGAAGAAGGAUGAAGGCAGCUACGACCUGGGAAAGAAGCCCAUCUACAAGAAGGCUCCCACCACAGAGGUCUACGCAUAAAGCCCACCUUCGCCGGGGCCGCUUGCCUCUUGAAAGCAAACCUCUUGUCUGUACAGCCGGGAAGUCCCAGAGGGAGAAACCAUCACAAGCAAAAAACUGCUUCUCUUCUACCAUGAGUUCUACAAUGGUUCAUUUAAAUAAAUACAAAAUCGGAAAGAACACUUUAUUAACUGUCCGUUAAUAGGAAGAGGACCAUUUCAGCUGCCAAACAAUGCAGUGCAAGAUAUUUUGAUGUUUUUUCUUGCCCAUGUAAAAACGAAAGUGUACAUUCUGCAGCGACACUGCAGCAAAAUCUUGACGUUUCCCUCCCACCUUCUCUUUAAUGACACUAACAAGGUGAAUGAGAACUUCACACUCAGUGAGGUGACAUGGUACAAAUAUUGGUACAGCUAUUUAUUUUCCUCCCCCUCUAACCUUGGUACCCAUUCCUGUGUUAAUACUGCUAUUACAGAAGUCUGUCACUAUUGCAUUUUAUAUUUGCAGUGCAUUCGUAAAGUAUUCAUACUGCGUUUUCCACAUUUUGUUAUACAGCCUUAUUCUAAAAUGUAUUGAAUUUGGGGGGGGGGGGGUGUUUCUCCUCAAUCUACUACACCUAAUACCCACCCCAUAAUGACAAACCAAAAAUAAUACUGAAAUAUCACAUUUGCAUAAGUAAUCAGCACCUUUACUCAGUACUUUGUUGAAGUACCCUUUGGCCGCGACUACAGCCUUGAAUCUUCUUGGGUAUGACGCUGCAAGCUUGGUAAACUUGUAUUUGGAGUUUCUCACAUUCUUCUCUGCAGAUCCUCUCGAGCUCUCAGAUUGGCUGCACAGCUAUUUUCAGGUCUCCAGAGAUGUUCGAUUGGGUUCAAGUCCGGGCUCUGGCUAGGCCAGUCAAGGACAUUCAGAGGUCCCGAAGCCACUCCUGCGUUACCUUGGUGAACCUCCCAGUCUGAGAACCUGUUCCAGAGCGCUCAGGACUUCAAGGAUCUUUCCCUUGAUCCUGACUAGUCUCCCAGUCCCUGCAGCUGAACAUCCCCAAAUCAAAGUUUAUUUGUCACGUGCGCUGAAUACAACAGGUGUAGUAGACCUUAGAGUGAAAUGCUUACUUACAGGCCAACAGUGCAAAAAAGGUAUUAGGGUGAAUAAUAGGUAUGUAAAGAAAUAAAAACAGGAAAAAUAACAGUAGCGAAGUUGGGCUGAUUGAGGUAGUAUGUAGAUAUGGUUAAAGUGACUAUGCAUAUGAUGAACAGAGUAGCAGUAGCGUAAAACGGUGGGUGGCGGGACACACCGCAGAUAGCCCGGUUAGCCAGUGUGGGGACACUGGUUGGUCGGGCCAAUUGAGGUAGUAUGUACAUGAAUGUAUAGUUAAAGUGACUAUGCAUAUAUGAUAAACAGAGCAGCAGCGUAGAAGGGACACGCACACACACGAUGUAAAUAGUCCGGGUAGCCAUUUGGUUACCUGUUCAGGAGUCUUAUGGCUUGGGGGUAAAAACUGUUCAAGCCUUUUUCUCCUAGACUUGGCACUCUGGUAUCACUUGCCAUGCGGUAGUAGAGAGAACAGUCUAUGACUGGGGUGGCUGGGAUCUUUGACAAUUUUUAGGACAGCCUGGUGUAGAGGUCUUUGAUGGCAGGCAGCUUAGCCCCAGUGAUGUACUGGGCCGUACGCACUACCCUCUGUAGUGCUCUGCGGUCAGAGGACGAGCAAUUGCCGUACCAGGCAGUGAUGCAACCAGUGCUCUCGAUGUUGCAGCGGUAGAACCUCUUGAGGAUCUGAGGACCCAUGCCAAAUAUUUUUAGUUUCCUGAGGGGAAAUGGGCUUUGUCGUGCCCUCUUCAGGACCGUCUUGGUGUGUUUGGACCAUUCUAGUUUGUUCGAUGCAUCGAUGAUGCUGCCACCACCAUGCUUGUCCUUCUGGAAGAUUCUCCUAUCUCCACAGAGGAGCUCUGUCAGUGACCAUCAGGUUCUUGGUCACCACCCUGACCAAGGCCCUUCUCCCCCGAUUGUUCAGUUUGGCCGGGCCGGCAGUUAUAGGAAGAGUCUUGAUGGUUCCAAACUUCUUCCAUUUAAAAAUGGUGUUCUUGGGGACCUUCAAUGCUGCAGUUUUUUUUUUGGUACCGUUCCCCAGUUCUGUGUCGACACAAUCCUAUCUCGGAGUUCUGCGGACAAUUCCUUCAACCUCAUGACUUGGUUUUUGCUCUGAUGUGCACUGUGUGGGGUGUGUUUUCAAAUCCUGUCCAGUCAAUUGAAUUUACCACAAGUGGACUCUAUAAUCAAGUUGUAGGAACAUUGGAGGAUCAAUGGAAACAGGAUGCACCUGAGCUCAAUUUUGAGUCUCCUAGCAAAGAGUCUGAAUACUCGUUUUUAUAUUUUUAGAUGGGUUUUUUUUUUUUUACCCAAUUGAGAAUAAGGCUGUAGAGGGAAAGGCGUCUGAAUACUUUCCGUGUUUGUGUGGUAUCAUGAUUGGUUACGUUUUGAUUCAAAUGUAUUUUGUCAAGAACAGAUUGUCUGAAGUGAAUCCCACAUUGAUGAAAAUAACUUGGUACAUGCUACCAUGUCACAAGCAGUGGCCAAACUUGAUCCUCCAAGGUGUUUUAUGAUUUAAUUUGGACGGUGCACAAAUCGGCAUGAUGUUAUUCUUCUCGGACAACUCGCUGUGUGAAUACACCCGCAUUCCACACACUCAAUUAUAUCAUACAUGCAUGACUGGUGAUCUCAUUUUUUUUUUAUGUCAGGCCUUAUCUCAGUGAUGACCAUGCUUGUAAACUAAGCUAUUUGAACAGGUUAUGGUUUAUCGCUGUUGACAGAAAACAAGACUCGUCACUGCACAUGGACGCUUCCAGGGAUCUGUAAUAUAGCCAUUUGAAUACAUGUUAAACUUGGUACUUAGCCAUUUCUUGUCAAAUGUUUAUUUACCAAAUAUUUUUAAAUGCCAAAUAAAAAAAUAAUCUUCCCAAUACUUUCAGGUUAACAUUACUGUAAAUGUUUGGAAUAAUUGGUUUCUUCAUGCCUAAAAGCCUAUAGUGGGGAAGAUGUUUUUUUUAAAUUACCAAUGCUAGUACUAACUAUGUUUUUAGUAGAUUACUUGUUUAAAAAAAUGGUAUUUAACUGUCAAAUAUUUUGUCUUUCAGGUUGGCACUUCCCCUUUCUAAGUUGUUGUAUGUGUUAACAUUUUUAUGUUCACUAGAAGCAGGUUUUUUUUUAUUUUGUAAGGGUUUGAUUUCUUGUAAACAAUUUUAAGCCGUUUAUGUUUUGUAGAAGGAUUGCUAUGUAAUUGUUCAGGGGAACUGAAAUUGAGCCAUGUCAUUUGGAUGGGGGAAGAAAUAUGCUGCUUUGUCACAACGAGAUGUGAUGCUCAAUUGAGUGUAGAAGUCAAUAAAUCAUUGAUUUCUGCACGCAGGUUCUGAUUUAUAUUUGGAAAUAAAGCUAUUUUUAUGCACAUGAA